CUCGUUGAGAGGUGCGGAAGCAGGUUCAGCAGGUUGUUCCCUGCGUGAGUGCUCCCUCCUCUCGCAGGGUGACUGCUGAAUCAUUUGGGCUGAUCACUCAGUGCAGAUAAUUGUUGCUCGAGCACCUGUUCUCCUCUGAAAGAGCCUGAGAAUAAGGGGAUACCAUAAGGAAGAUAUGGAACGGUAUUUCAUUAUCACAAUACACCUGCUGCUAUUUCUUCAGGCUUUUUACUUGGUAACGCUACAAAAUGUAUCGGAUUCUCCAGCGCACACAUUUGAUAAAGAUUGGUUGCGUCAGGAAAACCUUUUUACUGAAGAGGAAGGAGAAAAUGGGCAGGAAGGUAACGUGUCUGGUAUGGAAGCAAGCAACAAUUUCAGCAGUGGAGCAUUGACUGAAGAGAAUAAUGGGGACCGGCUGGAGCAGCGUGAAAAUGAAGCAUCAGAUGAUGUGGAUGUUGCCAUACCUACCGAGCCUCCCACAGCCCCCAAUGCCUCAACAGUGCAACCUGAAAUGUCGGAUGGGAAAACAAACGCCACAAACACAGAGUUGAAUCAAAGCAACAUCACCAGAACUGCAGAGUUUGUUAAUUCAACCACACCCCCUGCGAACAUUGAUGAUGAUCCGCUCGUUCAAAACUCAACAAUAUCUCCUGGUUUUGUUGAUCACAGCGAUAUAGGCAACACCACCACUUUGGCACCAGAGAGUCGUGAUUUAAAUGAAAACACAACAACAAACAAAGCAACAGCAGCAAAGACAACAACAUCAGGAGAGAAAGCAGAGUCAACCAACGUGACAGACUCGAACAACAAAAAUGUGACAACCACAGCAGCAACAAAGAUGAACACAACAUCGGCAACAUUUUCAUCACCAAACACGUUGUCUCCAGAAGCCACCAGUGAGACAACCGUUGCUACGAAAACACCAAGAGGCAACUUGGCAGAUAAACAGGCAUCUUCAGGGAGCAGCUCAGACGCAGGUUUGUCAUCCGAGAGCAGCAGGAACAAACGGAAUGAAGCAUGGGGGGCUGUAUUAGGAACAGCUGUGGUGGUGUCCAUCGUGGGACUGGUGGCAUACGUCGUCUUGAAGAGACGACACCUCAAAGGUUUCUCACACAGGAAACUGGUUGAGGACUUUCCCUCUGACCCCGUUCUGAGAUUGGACAACAGUGAACCUUUGGAUCUGAAUUUCGGCCGUUCGGGUUAUUACAACCAGGGACUACAUGGAGACAACAUUCAAAUGGCCAACAUUCCUGGGCGCCAGACAAAGUAGAAAGACACAUGGACCACUCAACUCUCCUGGGAAAAACAUUUGAACGUUUGGUGAAUGACACUACCAUAUUAACUUUCUGUUGGAGACAUUUUCGAUCAACUGUGUGCCACCAUGAACUCUACUUGGGUUGGAAUCGCCAUGUUUUUAAUAUUCGUUCACUGCCUGACAUUUGCAGACCCUCCUUUACCCUAUCACGUCAAAAGAUUUAAACAAAUAUAUAAAUACACAGCUGGAAUGUCUGGAUUUUGAAAAGACAAAAAUAUAUGUCAGUGACAAUUAAUGAGUUUUAAUCGCCAAUAUUCUUUUUCAUUUAUACCUGUUGCCAAAAGUAAUAUACUUUUGUAAAUUACACCAUAAUACUGUGUUUCCCGAGUGCCCCGGCUUCCUCCCACUUUCCAAAACCAUGCAUGAUAGGUUAAUUGAGGAAUCGACAUUGUCCAUAGCUUUGAAUGUGAGUAAAAUGGUUGUUUCUCUAAUUGUGCCAUGCGACUGAGCUGAGUUUCCAGUGUGUACCUUGCCUCUCGCCCAAAGUCAUCUGGGAGAAGGUCCAGCUCACCCGCAUAGAAAAUAGAUAAAUAGAUGAACAAAUGUUAGGCCUAUAUUACCAUUUGAAUUUGUAAGUUGUAAAAAAAACAAAGUAAAAACAGAAAACUAUCAUCUGCAAAUCCUUUUCAACCUAUAAUCAGUUGAAUACACUGAAAAGACAAGGCAUUAAAUGUUGAAACUGAUUAACUUUAUUUUGCAACACGUUCCCCCCAAAAAAGCUGGGACAGUGCGUUACCUCACCUUUCGAACAUGAACACUCAAUAAGCAUUUGGGAGCUGAGAAGAUUCAUUGAUGAAGCUUCGUAACUGCUCUUCUUUCCCAUUCUUGUUUGAUGUCCAACUUCAGUUGCUCAACAGUCGGGGGUGUCCGCUGUCAUAUUUUGCACUUCCUAACGCGCCACACAUUUUCAGUGGGAGGCAGAUCUUCACUCCAGUCAAGUACUCACACUCUUUGUAUGACGGAGUCCUGCUGUUGUAACAUGCAGAGAGGAGCUCGGCAUUGCCUUGCUGCAAUCAGCAGGGGCGUUCUUUAAAAAGACGUUGCUUGGGUGAAACAGGAAUGUACCUUUAAGCAUUCAUGGUGCCUUUACAGCAUUCCACAUCAUCACAGAUGCUCGCUUUUGAGGUUUCUGCUAAUAACAUUCCAGAUGGUCCUUUUCUUCUUUCGCUUGGAGGACACGAAGUCCAUAGUUUCCAAAAACAAUUUGACAUUUGGACUCGUCAGACCACAGAACACUUUUUCACUUUCUAUCUCAGAUGAGCUUGGGCUCAGAAAGAUGCAUUUUUGUGUGUUGUUGAUAUGUGGCUUCGUUUUUAUUUGUAUUAUUAUAUUUUUUUUAUGGAUUCUAAACACAACGAUGCCAGUUUUUCAUGCCGUGCCACCUGGAGAAUCGAAGGUCACGGGCAUUAAGUUGGUUUUUGGCCUUGUGCAUUUGUGCACAGAUUUCUCCAGACUUUCUUCUCUUUUGAUGACGUUAUUGACCAAAGCAUAUGAAAUCCCGAAAUUCCUUGCAAUUGAAUAGUGACAAACAUUCUUAAACUGCUGGACUAUUUGCUCGGAGCCUUUCGAGAAUGACACUUGCCUGUUUCCCAUUAACCUGUUCACCUGUGGAAUGUUCCAAACAUGUUUUUUUUUUGUUGUUGUUGUUGUUUUUUUUUUUUUUUACAUUCAUCAACUUUUCCAGUCUUUUUGUUACCCCUGCCCCAGCUUUUUUGGAACUUGUUGCAGACAUCCAAAUCAAAAUGAGAAAAUAUGUGCACUGUGUUUAUAACUAUGCUGGAACAAUAUACCAUUGCUGCCUUAACAAAA